CUUGUCAAAUGAGUAGCUACAGCGAGGACAAUGAUAAAGAGAUGAAGGGAAAGUAUAACUGUGUGUGGUAGCAAUAGUGGGGUGUAAUGAAAACCUGCUCCAACGCUACCGCCUAAGGUUAACCGAAAACAUUAUACGUGUUCACUUCAUUGAGGACAGUUCUUAUGAUGGCUUCGAAACUAUUUCUGACGUUACCAACUGGCCAACAUUUACCGGCUUUGGGUUUUGGGACAUGGCAAGCAACUGAUGCAGAAUUAGAAACUGCGCUCGAUGCAGCCUUGGAAGCAGGAUAUAGACACAUAGAUGCCGCUUCUGCCUAUGAAAAUGAACCAAUUAUUGGUAAGGUACUAAAAAAAUGGUUGGAUGCUGGCAAGGUCAAGCGUGAGGAACUUUUUAUUGUUUCUAAACUUCCAGUUGUCGGUAAUCGUCCAAGUGGGGUGGAAAAAUGGCUCAAGAAAUCUUUGAAGGAUUUGCAGCUAGAUUAUUUAGACUUGUAUUUAGUGCACGCUCCAUUUACUUUAGAAGAAGUUGGUACAGAAUUACAUCCUGUUAAUGAAAAGGGGGAAAUCAGAAUUGAUACUAGUACUGAUCAUAUAAAGGUGUGGGCAGAAAUGGAAAAACAAGUUGCCGACAAGAGAACCAAGGCAAUAGGACUCUCAAAUUUUAAUAUACAGCAAAUAAAUAAAAUUCUUGCUGCAGCUAAAUUACCUGUCUCGAAUCUACAAAUUGAAUUGCAUGUCUAUUUUCAACAAAAGGAAUUGGUGGAAUUUUGCAAGAGUAAAGGCAUUACUGUAACAGCAUAUUCACCCCUGGGCUCACGUGGAUUAGUUAAAUUAUUAGGAAAGACAGAUACAAUGCCUGACUUAUUAAAAAAUCCAACAGUGGUGAAAAUAGCUCAAAAGAUUGGGAAAAGUCCAGGCCAGGUGCUUUUGAGAUAUAUAAUCCAAAAAGGAAUAGCUGCUAUACCGAAAAGCACAAAUCCCCAAAGGAUUAAAGAGAACAUUGAUUUAUUCGACUGGGAAUUACAAUCAAGUGAUAUGGAUGAUUUAAAUGCUCUUGACAAAGGGUCAUCUGCCAGAAUCUGUGAUUUUAGUUUCUUUAAAGGCAUUCGAAAUCAUCCUGAAUUUCCUUUCUAAGCAUAUACUACACAACAGUGUUAUACUAUUGAUAUAUUAACAUUUUUCAUUGUUGAUAUUUAGAAUAUACUAGCAAUCUUAUAUUAAUCUCUUAUUGGAGUAAAUUACGGUGUUAGCAAAAUAUGAAAUAAAAUAAUAUACAACAUUAGAUAUUAAGUUGUACUGUUCGAACUGCUUCAUUACUAAAAUAUAUUGAUUUUAGUAAACUUUA